AUGGAUACACCAGCCAAUCCCACACCAUACACCUAUGAAAAUGGUAUAUACGCAGCAGGUCUGAACAAUGAAAGGUCCCAAAUCUCGUUCGAUCCUACAAACUGGGAAUCCCUCGCAAAAGAACGCCUCUCAGCUGAUAGUUUCGGCUACGUCUGGGGCUCGGCUGGCACCCGCCAAACGGACGACAACAAUAGAGAAGCAUUCAAGAAAUGGGGAAUACUGCCCUCGCGCUUGGUGGAGGCUGAUUUCCCAAACCUCAAGACAACCCUGUUCGGCGAAGAGUACGACUACCCCAUUGCCAUUGCACCAGUUGGGGUGCAGACGAUCUUUCACCCUGACGGCGAGGUCGCUACCGCAAAGGCUGCUGACGCCGAAAAUGUCACAUAUAUCAUGAGUACGGCUGCGUCAACGAGUAUUGAGAAUGUAGCGGAUGCCAACGGUCCUGGGGCACGUUGGUAUCAGCUCUAUUGGCCUUCCAAUGAUCACAUGGACAUCACUGCUAGCUUGUUAAAGAGAGCCAAGGAUUCUGGGUACAAGGUUCUUGUUGUGACGCUUGAUACGUAUAUACUUGGGUGGCGACCCAGCGAUCUUGAUCACGGAUAUAACCCUUUCCUUCGCGCCGACAAUAUCGGGGUUGAGCUUGGUUUCUCGGAUUCGGUCUUCCAGGAAUAUUUCCGGACCAAACACGGCAUGUCAAUUGAAGAGGAUAUCUCCAAGGCGGCAGCUGAAUGGGCGCAUAUCAUCUUCCCGGGCACUAGCCACGGAUGGAAAGAUAUUCGAUAUUUGCGCAAUCAUUGGGAUGGCCCGAUUGUGUUAAAGGGUAUUCAGACAGUUGCGGAUGCGAAGAAGGCGCGUGAGUUUGGUGUUCAGGGUAUCGUGGUUUCGAACCACGGGGGCCGUCAGCAGGAUGGAGGUAUUGGAUCACUGGAUGUGUUGCCCGACAUUGCGAAUGAGGUGGGAGACGAUCUCGAGAUUUUGUUUGAUUCCGGAGUGAGAUGCGGCGCGGAUGUUGUAAAUGCUUUGGCUCUGGGAGCCAAGAUGGUUUUGCUUGGUCGACCAUAUGUGUAUGGGUUGGCAAUCGGUGGUGAGACUGGGGUCCGACACGUGUUGAAGAGUAUCUUGGGAGAUCUUCAGUUGACGUUGCAUUUGUCAGGUAUUGAAGAUGUGACAAAAGUCCACCUGAACCAGUCAGUAUUGCGACAGAUUAGGAAUUAG